AUGGAGACCCCGGCUAGGGACGCUUUACUCCGCCUCGCGUGUAACCAAAAGAAGGCUAUUGAACUGGACCCCAAUUUAGAAAGAUUGAAGGAGGCUGCUAGUUCGAUUCGGGGCGCCCUUCUUAAAAAGUUUCGUCGGUUGGACAUUGCUAAGAUGGCCGGAGACGAACGUUAUCAGGAACUUCGAAGACUUCAGGCGGCCACUAAGACGCACCGAAAACGGCUCUUCGAGGCCACGAGAAAGAAGAAACGCAGAGAAUUUUUCGAAGAUAUUGGAAACCGCAUCAUUGAAGGCAAUCACGAAGGUAACCCAAUUACUUUCAAUCUCGAUUUAUCCUAUAUGCAGCCUGAAAGAAGAGCUCUUACCGAACUCGAAUUCAAAAAAAGAGAUACAGACGGCCUUGAUACUGCAAUAUUAAUUGAAGAUCGCAUUAGAUCUCUGGAACUGAGACUACAACUCAACGAACUUCAUGUGCCUGGGGGCUUGCAUAAAAAACUCGAUUUCCGCAACAUUGAGAGAAAACUUGCUAGUGUCAACAUUGAAGAAACCAAAGAGACCAGCUCUCGCUAUUGGAAAAGUCAAACUGGCCUCGAAUAUCCAUUCUGCCUAGGUUGCUCAAAUCUUAACCCGGCUGCAAGACAUUACAGCUACUCCAGAAAGGAUUCACUCUCUCGACAUUUCAAGACACAUCAGUUACCAUCAUUCUUUGCAAAGCCUGGUCGUCCAUGUGAUAUCCCUAGUUGUGCUACUAUUUCAGUUUCACUACCCGGGUAUCUAUUACAUCUUAAUAAGUGCCAUAAACUUUGGCUGUACUUUUGGUAA